AUGCGCUUCGGCAAGACUCUCCGCGAGUCCAUCAAUGGGCCGUGGAAGGACAAGUACAUUGACUAUAACAAGCUCAAGACUCUCCUCCGCGAAGACAAGUUUGACGACGACAACGAGGUCUGGACCGAGGAUGAUGAGAACCGCUUCUGCGAGGAAAUCUUCAACGUCCAGCUGGAAAAGGUUGCCAAGUUCCAGGAGGAGCAGGUGUCCCUCCUCAAGGACCGGGCCGAUGCUGUCUUUGCGAAGCUCAAGGAUCUCGCACCGCCAGCUCCUGCAGAUGGCUCCGCGCCCCCGGCCGUCGACGAUGCCACCAAGACUAGCUUCCAGGAGCUCGAGGUCGAGCUCGACAGCAUCAUGAACGAGGUCAAGGAGCUCAAAAAGUACAGCUCCAUCAACUACACUGGCUUCCUCAAAAUUGUCAAGAAGCACGAUCGGAAGCGCGGCAACCGCUACAAGGUCCGCCCUAUGAUGCAGCACAGUAUCGCCCAGCGUCCUUUCAACUCAGAACAGGGCUACUCGGCCCUCCUCAACAAGCUCUCCAUCAUGUACUAUGCCAUCCGUCAACAGCUCGACGAUGACCCCACGUUGCCCAUCGAUCUUGAGACUCAGGGCGAGACUCUCAACGUCUGGGUGCAUCCCGACAACCUCCUCGAGGUUCGCACUCUCAUUCUUCGCCACCUCCCAGCUCUCAUCUACAGCCAGCAAACGUCCAAGGAGUUUGACGGUAGCGAAUCUCCCACCGUUACCUCGCUUUACUUUGACAACAAAACCUUCGAGCUCUACAAGAAAAAGGUCGACAGCAGCAAAGGGGCUGAGUCGCUCCGUCUGCGCUGGUACGGCCAACUCAGCAGCAAGCCUGACAUUUUCGUCGAGCAAAAGGUCGCCGACGGCACUGGUGAAAGCCACGAGUCCAAGUUCACCAUCAAGGACAAAUACGUCACCCCUUUCCUUGAAAACGAGUACUCUAUGGACAAGACUGUCGCCAAGAUGGAGCGCCAGGGCCAAUCCGCCGAGACUGUUGCCGAGUAUAAGAAGACUGUCGACAAUAUCCAGAACUUCCAGCAGGAGCGGAAACUCGCGCCAGUGAUGCGCGCCAACUACCUUCGUACCGCAUUUCAGAAGCCCGCUGAUUCCCGCAUCCGAAUCUCCAUUGACACCGACCUCGCCUUCAUCCGUGAAGACACCCUUGAUGCUGACCGCCCCUGCCGCAACCCCGAUGACUGGCAUCGCACAGACAUUGACGACAGCAACAUGACUUACCCCUUCCGUAAUAUCAACCAGAGCGAGGUUUCCAAAUUCCCAUACGCCGUCCUCGAGAUUAAGUUGCGCGAGGACGCCAACCGCAAGCGCCCUGCCUGGGUCGAGGAUCUGCUGGCCUCGCACCUCAUUCACGCCGUACCACGCUUCUCCAAAUUUGUUCACGGAGUGGCCUCUCUCUUUGAAGAUCACGUCAACGCCCUUCCUUUCUGGCUUAGUGACCUGGAGACCGACAUUCGGAAGGACCCCCUGCUCGCUUUCGAAGCUGAAGAGCAGCGCCGUGCCCAGCGUGCCGACGACGCUUUGGCUGUUGGGAGCUUGAUUGGCACCCUCCCCUCUUCCUCCUACAAGGCUGCCAAGAGCUCCUCUGUUGGAAAGUCCUACCUCGCCGACCGCAUGGCCGCUGAGUCGCGCGACCAGCAUGCCAAGUCACUCAACCACCGAAGCAAUGCCGCCCAACACGAAGAAGAAGGUGAGGGCAGUGGCUCCUCUGCCCACCAGAACGGCCGGAGUAACGGCGGCUACGGUACCCUUUCCUCCGUUCUCCCUGCUCUCUCGCUCUCCAAGUACGCCAAGGCCAAACGUGCCCAGCGCUUCCAGCUCCCCGAGGGCGUUGUCGAGCCUACCGAGUGGAUCAAGAAUGCUGGCGAGCUCAAGGUUGAACCCAAAGUAUGGCUAGCCAAUGAGCGUACAUUUCUUAAGUGGCAGCACAUUUGCAUUCUGCAGGGUGCCUUGGCCCUCGCACUCUACUCGGCGGCGGGUGAAAACACGACUGCCGCCAUCUUUGGUGUCGUGUAUACGGGCAUCGCCAUUUUCGCUGGAGGGUGGGGGUACUUUAUGCUGCGUGUGCGCCGAAGCAUGAUUAUCGAGCGCAGCGGCAAGGACUUUGACAACAUGAUAGGACCGAUUAUUAUCAGCAUAGCGCUGAUCGUGGCUCUGAUUGCCAAUUUUAUCAUUCAGUAUCGCAAGGCCUUUGAAAAGAUGCGCCAUAAUCACCCGGAUACCAGCGCGCCCAACUAUUUCGCUCUUGACGGUGAGCUCCGUUGA